GCGUCCCUGGCUGGGGACGUUAAUCAUUACCGGAGGGCGGCCCGAGGGCGGCCCGAGCGCGGCCCCGCCCAGGGACGGCCGCCUGCGCGCCCGGCCGCCGCCUGCCCUCUCCGCUGGCCACCUGCUGCCGCCCGCGCCAUGGCUGGCAAAGCACACAGGCUGAGCGCUGAGGAGAGGGACCAGCUGCUGCCAAACCUGAGGGCCGUGGGGUGGAAUGAGCUGGAAGGCCGUGAUGCCAUCUUCAAGCAGUUUCAUUUCAAAGACUUCAACAGGGCCUUUGGGUUCAUGACAAGAGUGGCCCUGCAGGCUGAGAAACUGGACCACCAUCCUGAAUGGUUUAACGUGUACAACAAGGUGAGUGAUGCUGUGUGCCUCUGUUGUGCUCUGCCCCCAUCCAAAUACUGCGAACUCCGACACAUUCUGAAGGCUUUUGGACUUAACAAUGCGCCUUCCUGACCCAUAGGUCAUCCACUCAUCUCAUUUCCAAUCUCACUGAGAUUGCACAUGCCUAGAAUCAACAUAAAUACCCCUGGAAAAAAAAUCAGUCUUACUAUAAAGAAAUGCAAAUUAAAAGAUGCAUGAGGUAGUUGUGGUUAAAGUAGACAUUUAAGUAGACAUUAAGAAGGCAAAACCCAAGAAAGGAAAGGCUGUGGGAAUCAGGCAUACUUAAUUCAGUGUUCAUAGCUCUAAACGGCUUUAAUCUUGCUGGAGGUAUGGAAGAAUGAAAAAGUAAUAAACUUGAACUAAGAAUACACAUAUAUUUGGGAAGCCAAGGUGGGCGGAUCACGAGGUCAGGAGAUCGAGACCCUCCUGGCUAACACGGUGAAACCCCAUCUCUACUGAAAAACACAAAAAAAUUAGGCGGGCGUGGUGGCUGACGCCUGUAGUCCCAGCUACUGGGGAGGCUGAGGCAGGAGAAUGGUGGGAACCCGGGAGGCAGAGCUUGCAGUGAGCAGAGAUUGAGCCACCGCACUCCAGCCUGGGAGACAGAGCAAGACUCCGUCUCAAAAAAAAAAAAAAAAUACACACACAUAGCCAACCUAUCAAAUUAUUUGCUUAAUGAACAGAAACAGUCAUUAAAUGCCUACCAUGUGCCAAAAGCUCUGCUGGUCUCUGUUUAUAAAAACAGGGUGGAAGAGGCCGUCUGUGAAUGGAUAGUGUUUAGGAGUUGGCAUUGGUUUUUGGUUUUGUCUUUAGCUUUUAGGUUGCUCUUGACAUUCGGAUAUUAAGUUUUUAUUCUAUAGCUGAAGUCACGAUUAUUUUUGAAAGACAGCAAAGGGGAGAUGUAGAUGUUGUUACAGACAUGUCAGGAAGGAGUCCCCAGGCGAGACUGUAGUGGCCAGCUGCUAUUCUGGAGCUCCUAGCAGGGCAGGAGUGACUAGAAAUGAGCAGCUAGUGACUCCCUCCUGUUCUUAAGUGAAGUCAGUGGAAGCAGAAUUUCUGGUUUCAUUUCAGGUCCACAUCACGCUGAGCACCCAUGAGUGUGCCGGCCUUUCAGAACGGGACAUAAACCUGGCCAGCUUCAUCGAACAAGUAGCAGUGUCCAUGACAUAGACCCUGCCCUUCCUCUUUGAAUUCUUCAGGGGGAAGGGGUGACUGAACUGGGAAUCCAGGGAGGGAGCUGAGGAGCCCUUGCCCUCCCGCCACUCCCCUCCCAAGACCCAGCUGCCGCCGUUGAGGGGUGAGUCCUUGCUGUGGGAUGUGCCAGCGUCCCCAACACCAGGAAUUUAGACCUUUUCCCUGGACCACUUUCUUCAUCCUGGGGGCUCUGUUACGCUAAUUUGAAUAAGCUCUCCCCUUUCUUUGCAACUUCCCAGCAACAAUAAUGAUUUUCUUGCCAGGCCAUGUCUUGCUCCCUAAUUCAUUUCCCAGGAAGCUGUGAUACAGGGUGAAAUAAAGUCUUGUCUUAGAAACCAGGACCCUAAACCCCACACUAUGUAACAGAAACACAUGUGCUGUUAUGUCUCAAAUAAAACUAUUAUGUCACUUGG